CAACAGGAAGGUACGGCAUCCAAAGAAACUGUCGUUUCAAGGAAUGUAAUGGAAAUGAGCAGGACAAUCACUCUUUUGUUCUUGGCCUCACAUGUGUCCUCCACAGAGACCAUGUCUGCGAGUGACCCAACGAAUUGCUAUAUUUUAGAUGUUUUUCUGCUGCUGUAUUCUAUCAUUUUUACUGCUCUCUACUUCAGAGAGAAGUUUACAAGGGAAGGGCCUGUUCCUCCAGAUCCUGCGUCCCCGGCCCGUAACCCCAAUGAGCCUGUCUAUACAGACUUGGAUCUGCCUCAGAUGAGUUCUGAUUAUCAGCAACUGGAUAGACCGAUAAGAAGACGAGAGCCAGAGACACAUUACCAGGAAUUGAGACCACAUACAAGUGAUGAAUACCAGGAAAUAAGAACUAAAGGAACCAAACCUCGCAAAGGCAAGGGCAAAUCUAAUGAGGGUCGAACAGGGAGAAACAGGGAUGCAGCCGAGGCUGUGGAGAUGGAAACUUUUCCCACUGAUACAUUGCACAAUUAGCACACAGCACAAGCUCAGGAGCAACCUGUAUACGUAUCUGCCAACUAAU